AAAAAAAAAAAAAAAUUACAUCAUCCUCAUCCUCCUCCCGAGGCGGGGAUGAUGAAGAUCGUCUUCCGUCCUCGGCCGGGGGAGAAGCAAUCUGAUAGAGAGCCGACAGCCAGGAUAUUUUCUACGUCUCUCGCGCGCAGUGCGCGUGCGCUUCCUUCGACCGGACAGAUAAAAGGGGAGGUCGAGUGGUGCGUCGACGACGUCAUGGCUGGCUGUUCCAGAUACGGGGGCAACUUCCUCAAGAGAUUCAGGGAGAAAGGCAGUUACGAUCUGAAGAACUUGACCGCCACGCAGUUCAUCGAAGUUUGGAGCCACUACGACAACGACGGUAAUGGUUUCAUCGAAGGGAAGGAGCUCGAUAACUUUCUUAAAGAGUUUGUUUCUGCUGUCACAGGAGCAGAUGCUGCGCCUCAGCAGCCCAUGACGGAUGAGGUAAUGAGCGAGGUGAAGAAGUGUUUUAUGGACACUUACGAUGUUAAUGGAGAUGGCAAGAUUGAGAUACAAGAGUUGGCUCAACUGUUACCUCUAGAAGAGAGCUUUCUUCUACUGUUUCGAUUCGAUAAUCCUCUAGAAUCAAGUGUAGAAUUUAUGAAGAUCUGGAGGGAGUAUGACACGGAUGGUAGCGGUUACAUCGAAGCGGAUGAAUUAAAGAACUUCCUUCAAGAUUUACUUCGUGAAGCCAAGAGGGAGAACCUUGGUGAAGAGAAACUGAUCGAAUACACAGAUACUAUUUUACAAAUAUUUGAUGCCAAUAAAGAUGGGAAACUCCAACUUAGCGAGAUGGCCAGGCUUCUUCCGGUUAAAGAGAAUUUCCUCUGCAGACCUUCUUUUAAAGGGGCCAGCAAACUGACCGAAGAGGACAUAGAAAAAGUUUUCUCUCUGUACGACAGGGACAGAAAUGGAUCGAUCGAGAACGAAGAACUGAAAGGAUUUCUCAAGGAUCUAAUGGAGCUGAUCACGAAGGAUUACGAUAGCCAAGAUCUAGAAGAACUACAAGAUUCCAUCAUGAAUGGAAUUGGCUUCAGCAAUGAGAAGAGGAUCAGCAAAUCGGAACUUAGCCGUAUUUUAUUAUCAGUAGCCAACGAAUCAUAAUUAUCCUCGUCAUUAUAAUAAUCGUGUGAGAGGAAUAAAUAAACAAAAAAUAAAUAAAAAACAAUAGAUCAAAAGUGUAAGUAGACAGCCAGUCUAGGGGCUUCCAACAGAAUAUCUGUCUAGCACAAAGUUUCUAUUUUCAUUCGACAGAACUUAGUUUCUUUCGUAAUUUAAUGGGACUUAGUUUCCAUUCUCAUCGCUAGGAGAGUAAAUAUCGCUAGCUGCUGCGAUUAAAAUCAUUUAUUUCUCGUUAUUUAAGUUAAUUUACGCAUUCAAAAUGGCCGCUUAUAUACAAAAUGGCUGAUCUUCAGUGUACAGCGCUCCCUACAUGAAUAUUCAUCUUGCGUGUUGCCUAGUGAGUUGUAUUGCAUUUUUUUACGUUAAUUAAAUUUAAAAUUUUAUUGUAAAAAAGAAAAAAAAACGCCUUCCUCCGACUCCAUUUUGUCUGAUUUCCUCCAUCUUUGAUUGUUUUCCAUUACUUUAUUGAGGUUGACAACGAAAUUAACGAAGUGUUAGUGUAAAAUAUAAUACAUAUUUAACUUAAAUUUAAAAUUUAAUCGUUAUAGAAAUUGGAAUUCGUGUUAUUAAUGGCAUCUUUUAUUUAAAUGAAAUAUAGAAAUAUGAAAAAGAACAUGAUAUUGUGAUAGCAAUAGUAAUAAAAUAUUGUUUAAUUGUUCAAAUAUAUUUGAUUCGUUAGCUUAUUUUUCUCAUAAAAUCUAUGUUUUGUACAUUUAUAUAGCGGAGGAUUAAUCCUCACUCCUCACUGGUGCUGGCUCAACCCAGCCAACACGAGUGAGGAGUGAGGAUUAUAGAAAUAGUAUAUACAGGAAUAGAUUAUAUUGAGGAUUAUAUACUAGGACAGUGGAGGCCUCACUCAUACUGACCAACCCACCAUUGAGGAGUGACCAGAUAAUUUAGAUUACAUUGAGGCCUCCUCACUCAUAGUGGCCUGGCCAACUCUUCAAUGGAGUUGGCUAGCGUGAGUGAUGCCUCCAAGUAGCCUAAAUGUUUUGGUAUUUCGUAUUAAUUAUUCAAUAAAUGAACAGAAGCUCAGUAUUAAAAACAAUUUUAAAAAAUUAAAACGAAAAUUGAAAAAACAAUUGAGCCAGUGACGAAGAACUCGUGAAGAAACUCAUAAAACGAUUUCACUAAGUAGUGUUUGCUGUCGAAUUGAAAGUAUUGUUCAUUUGUAAACACAUUUAUGCCCAAUAAUAGGUGAAUAAUUCGCCUUUGGAUGAUUGCCUACUUCAAAGAAACUGAUUUAUGACUUUGAAUGAGAGAGUGCCAAGAAACAAAAUGAAUGCCAAAAUAAAUCAAUGUAAGAGUACGUCUGUCAGACUGUUUACAUUAUUUUGAAUGGCCUAAAUUCAAAUAAAUAAAUAAACAAUUUGGAAAAAAUUUCAACCAUAAUGAAAACAUUCAAAGAUUUAUCUUGCAAGUUGCAUUCUUCAUGUGUUCAAUUACAAAAUGGACACAUGAAUCUAUCUCAAGUAUAUUCUUGUAUUAACUUCUAUAACAUGAUAAUGCACUAUUAUACAGCACAAUCACUAGCGNU